AUGAAGUUCUCCAACGCUGUUGCUCUGGGCCUUGUGGGCUGUGCCCUUGCUUUGCCCAAGCACAUCCAGGGCGAAGGCCAGUCUCUCCCUAACCAACCAUCCGGCUUUCCCAUCCCAUCUAGCCCCCCGUCUGAGGGCCAACAAGGCGGUGACGAGGGAGGCUUCCCGUUCCCUACUCCCAGCGGCGGAUUCCCGUCCGGCUUUCCCACUCCUUCCGGCGGCGCUGGCUUCCCUGCUCCCUCCGAUGACGCGGGAUUCCCCGGGCCAUGGUUCGACAAGCAUCAGAAAGGUUUUCCGUUCCCUGUUCCUUCGGGCGUUCCUUCCGGCGUUCCUUCCGGCAUUCCGUCCGGUCUCCCCUUUCCAUCCGGAUCGCCCUUCGGUGGCUUCCCGGCUCCUAGCGAUGGGCCCGCCCCAACCGGCCUUCCCUCUCAGAAGCGUCAGGAACAGGAAGAAGGCAGUGACGAAGAAGAGGGCGACGACGGGUCCUUUCCCACUCCCUUAGGUGCUCCUGACUCCGCCCCCAGCGGAGAGCCUGACUUCCCUGCCCCCUCUGGCGGAGCGGAAUGGCCCGCCCCCAGCAGACAGCCUGAUGGACCCGCUCCUUCUGGCACGGGAUUCCCUACUCCCAGCGGCAGUGGCUUCCCCGGCGGCCACCACCGGGGAGAGGGUCACCGCGGCGGCAAGGGCCAUCAUGGCGAGGGUUACCACGGAGAGGGCUCCGGCUCUAAGCCAUCUGGAACUUCCUUCUCCAAGUCCACCGGUGGCUUCACCAACGGUCCUCGUCCGACUGCUUCCGGCUCUUUCCCCGCUCCGAGAGGAUCGGUCUCUCGCUUCUUUACUUAA